AUGGCUAAGAAAGGUGGCAAGAAGGGCAAGAAGGGUGGCGCCAAGGCCACCGCUGCUGCUGCUGUCGACAAGGUCGCCGACAAAGUUGAAAAUGUCGUAAAGCCCAAUGAGGAGACCACAGAUGCCGACAAGGCCGAAUCUAAGUCCAUUGAGCAGACAGAAGCUCCCGCUGCUGAAUCGCAAGCCACUGAGGGCGCCGCUGCGCCCGCCGCUACCGAGUCCAAGGCUGAGGACAAGACUGUUGGCAAUGCCGAGAAGGAGGUCGAGAAGUCUGCACCAGUGGUUGAGACCAAGAAGGAUGAGAGUAUAGUGCAAGAUGCCGUGGACAAGGCGCAAGCCUCCAAGGCCGGCAAGGUCAGCGCUUUGGAUGCUGGCGAGGACCAAACCAAGACCGUCCUCCCCGAAAGCACCGUCAAGGAAACCAGCCUAGGCGCAGACAUCUACCCCUCCACCAGCGAGGCCGCCGCCGAAGAAUCCGCCACCUCAACCGCCGCAGCACCCAUUGCUUCGAUCCCCGAGCGUCCUAAGACCUCCGAAUCAAGCAAGAUUCCCGCCUCCGCCGAGCCCGCCGCCGUCCCAACCGAGACUCUCGACGCAGCGCAAACCAAGCGCCCAUACGAGAAACCCAUCUUCUCAAACGACGAGGUCAAGCCACACAAGAUGGCCAAGACAGAGGAGGAAGAGAAGCAAGCCGCCGCCGCCAGUAGCGUCGAGAAGCAGAACCUGACCGGUGCCGGACCCGCCUCAACAGCCGCCUACACUGCCCCCGAGCCUGUUCCUGAGCCCGUAUCUGCCUCUACUCCCGUCGCGGCGCCUGUCACCGAGGCUCCCAAGAAGGUCGAGGAGAAGCCCGCUCCUCAGCCUAUCUCCAAGUCCCCUGAGACUUCAACCUCUAACAAGGCGAACCCCACCGCCGUCGCAGCCGCCAACGCAGCUAUCAACACUUCCCACUCCAAGACUGACAAGAGUAUCUCAGCCUCAGCGGAGAGUGAAUUGAAGAAGCCCGAGGCAGCUGUUAAGCGCGAGGAGCCCAAGGCCACUGAAGCACCUCAACAGGAGACUUCUACUCCUUCUGCAGCGGAACCAGCCAAGGAGACUAGCGCCGAGGGGUCCAAGGCCAGCGAGACCCAGACAAGCGAGCAAGCAGCUGAGAAGAAGAAGGGAGGGUUCUUCGCGCGAUUGAAGCGGAUGUUCAAGUGA